CUCACAAUCGCUCUCCUCCCACCUCGCUUGCAGUUCCGAUCACCAACAAUUUCCCUCCAAGAUGGUCGACGAUUACCAGCCGCCAGACACGGACAUCAUCACCCUUACUCGCCAUGUCCUGCAGGAAGGUUUUAAUGCUCGCCAGAACUCGGCUGCAAGUGGUGACUUGACGAUCUUGCUCAGCUCGCUGCAAACCACCUGCAAGUUCAUCGAAGCGAAUGUCCGUAAGGCACGAUUGAUCAAUCUCAUUGGAGCAGCGGGCAACCAGAAUGUGCAGGGCGAAGACCAGAAGAAGCUCGAUGUGCUUUCGAACGAAAUCAUGAUCAAUGCGCUGAAAGCGUCGGGAAAGACGGCCGUCCUUGUCUCAGAGGAGAACGACGAAGCGAUCCUGGUGAAAGAUUCGUCUGACUCCAAAGACAAGGUCGGUAAGUACUGCGUCGUCUUUGACCCGCUCGACGGCUCGAGCAACAUUGAUGCCGGUGUCAACAUUGGCACCAUCUUUGGCAUCUACCUCGUCCGCGAUGGGAGCAGUGGCUCAAUCGAGGACGUCCUGCGACCGGGCAAGGACAUGGUCGCUGCAGGCUACUGCAUGUACGGCUCGUCCGCCAACAUGGUCUUGACGACCGGCAAUGGCGUCAAUGGCUUCACGCUUGAUAAUGGAAUCGGAGAAUUCAUCCUCACACACCCAAACAUCCAAAUUCCGUCUCGCGGCAAGAUCUACUCGAUCAACGAGGGAAACAGCUGCUACUAUCACGAACCGGUUCUCAAUUACCUUGAAAGCGUCAAGUUCCCUAAGGGAGAGGGUAAGAAACCUUACUCGGCGAGAUACAUUGGUUCCAUGGUCGCGGACGUUCACCGGACCCUACUCUACGGCGGGAUAUUUGGCUACCCGGAUGACAAGAAAAGCACCACUGGAAAAUUGAGGAUGCUCUACGAGGCUUUCCCCAUGGCUUUCCUUACCGAGCAGGCCGGCGGCAAAGCAACCACAGGCACGCAGAGAAUCCUCGACGUGCAACCCAACUCGAUCCAUCAGCGCUGCCCGGUCUUCCUGGGCUCGAAGGAAGACGUAGAGGACUUGGAGUCUUUCUACAAGGCAUGAACGCGCAGCAUAAGCAUGCGGCGCUUGUCCCCCCCUACAUGUACUGUGAUAUCGAAUGUGAUCUGGUCCAAAAGCUUGUGGUUCCUGCACUUCGCGAGUAGGGCCUUUGGAGAGCACACGAUAUUCAUGACGAGGCGCGCGCCACGGACCUGUACAGUCUGAAGUGAGCGAUGCCAUCCCGCGUACUGUAUGGCCGGGUGCUGAGCUGGGGCUAUUGAGAAGCGACCGAGCAUGGUAAAGGACAAGCUGUCUGCUGGAACAGGCAUGACGGGCGACGACGGGCCAGUAAAUGCAGUGCUGCUUCUUGAACGUGGCUGCAGCACUGCCCGUGGAAGGCA